CAAUGCCAAGGGCAUGGGGCAUUCCCUCCCAGAAAUAUAAAACACACAGAAUGGAUUGCCAGUGUGCCCAUGACUUGUAACUUGUCGGGACCAGCAAAGCAUCUCUGAAGUCCCCAGCCAUAUAGAGAGUGAUACUUGUAAGAAAUGGCUGACAAAAGUGUUAACCAGAACAGUGCUGGAGACACAACUCCUUCUUUGGAACAGAGACAGAAGAUGGAGAAGGCUCUUUAUUUCUUCCGUGUAGGAGACCUUACUGCCUGGAAUUACACAAUCCUCGCUCUUGCAUUUGCUGCACUGCUUUUGGGGAUCUUUCUUCUUGCCCGGAAUAUCUUUAAUAACAGGAAGAGGAAGAUGAUUGCAUUGUACCAGAGAAAUGCAAAUUCUGCUGCACCGGCUGAGGGUGAGGCAAAACAGGCUGUUGUCCAGCUGGAAAAAAACAGUGCAUUAACCGAGGAAACACCACUAAAAAAGGAACUGCAGCCUGGUGACAUUGAAAUCCAGUGGAAGGAUGGACAGAUUGCUGCCUUGUACAGAGAUGUGCCAGAGGAAGACGUCUAGAUAAAGAGAGAGCCAUUGUUUUUCUAAUGGCCAUGGGGCCGCACAAGACGGUGUAGUGACAGAAAGUACUUACAAAACUUUCCACGUAUUAAGACUGUUCUUAUUCAAAAGUUCUAUUGUUUAGCAAUCCGCGUCAAGAUAUAUCUGUUCUCAUGACUAAAAACUACUGUUACCAUUGGCAUAUUAAAAGGGUCAGUAUUGUCUUGUACUGA